CACUUACUACAGUGAUAAUCGCACAUGACUUUGGGAGAACGGGGGUAAUAUCUGAGCGGCAGCAUCCUGGCAUAGAGUGCUAAUGCCAAGCACCGUCCCCCUCCGUGUGCUCCUGUUGGGGGGAAGAUGCGCGCACACAUCGCCUGCGCUCUUGCAUUGCUCGCCCUCGCGUCCCUCAUCCCUCCUCCAGGUCCCACGUCCGAUCCUCUGUGAGGAUGCAGCCCUUCGUUUCGGAAUCAGGGAGAGAUGGAGGCAGCGCCGACCUCUGGGAGCUGUGAGCCCCGAUCCACCAUGCCGAGCAUGUAGAUAGAUUCCUCUGCCAGCAUCCCUCGUCCAGUGUCCCUUUCAGUGAUCCUGUAUCUGUGUGGUUGCCUGCUGAUGGGUUCAGGUUCAUCUGACUUCCCCUUCCAAUGAAUUCCAAUGAAUUACCUCCACUUGCAUGUCAAAAAACAACACAAGUGUGGACUCCAAUUUAUCAAUGGAAAUGUCAACCUGUUCUGCAAGCUUCAGAGACCAAACAACUUGAAAUCUUCAUUGUGCAAUUGAGCUUCAUUAAACAGAUGACUCAGAAAUAAGGAAAAAAAGUGAAGGGCAAAUUAUGACAUCAACAUCUAAAGGCAUCUUCCGACCAUUUCUAGUUAUCUGCAUCGUGUUGAUUUGCUUCAUGAUAUGUUUAUUGAUAUAUGUGAAACCAACAAACAACUGGAUCUCCAGCCCAAUCGAAUCUGCAAAUUCAGUGCUUAAAAUGAAGAAUUUUUUCUCUACUAAAAGGGAUUAUUACAAUGAAACCAUCAUUCUGAUUUGGGUGUGGCCUUUUGGACAGACAUUUGAACUUAAAUCCUGCCAGUCUCUUUUUAAUAUCCAUGGCUGCCAUUUAACUACUGACCGCACACUGUACAAUAAAUCUCAUGCCGUGCUGAUACAUCACAGGGACAUCAGCUGGGACCUAACUAACCUGCCAGUGCAGAUGAGGCCACCGUUCCAGAAAUGGAUUUGGAUGAACCUGGAAUCUCCGACUCACACACCACAAAAAAGUGGCAUUGAACAUUUAUUUAAUCUCACAUUGACGUACAGACGAGACUCAGACAUUCAGGUGCCUUAUGGCUUUAUGGUCAUAAGCACAAAGCCUUUUGAAUUUGAAGUGCCAAGCAAAGACAAGCUGGUCUGUUGGGUGGUCAGCAACUGGAAUCCAGAUCACGUUAGAGUAAAGUAUUAUAAUGAACUCAACAAAUACAUUGAAAUUCUAACCUAUGGCCAGGCGUUUGGUGAAUACUUGAAUGAUAAAAGUUUGAUCCCAACCAUCUCUACUUGUAAAUUUUACUUGUCCUUUGAAAACUCUAUCCACAAAGACUAUAUAACUGAAAAACUUUACAAUGCCCUACUGGCUGGAUCUGUGCCCAUAGUCCUGGGGCCUCCAAGAGAAAACUACGAGAACUAUAUACCAGCAGAUUCUUUUAUUCACGUUGAAGAUUUUCUCUCUCCUAGAGAGCUGGCAGAUUAUCUGUUAAUACUAGACAAGGACACUGAACGGUACCUAUCAUACUUUAACUGGAGGAGGCAUUACACCGUGAACUUGUCCCAUUUCUGGGAAUCUCAUGCUUGCCUUGCAUGUGACCAUGUUAAAAGACAUCAGGAAUAUAAAUCUGUCUAUAAUUUGGAGAAGUGGUUUUGGAACUAAUCCACCUCUUUCAUGUUUAAGCACUUUCUGGAAAGACAUUAUAAUGGUUACUUGCACCAAGAUAAAAGUUUAGUGCGUUGUUUCACUGUUUACUGCUCUCGUAAAUGCAUAAUUAAGCAUAAACUGUGUCAAACAUAGAAACAUCUAUCAGCUUUAGAAUCCACAUUCCCUGACACUCCACAUGUAGCAGCAGUUUGUGCGCACAGAGAGAUUUAUCUACCGUGAACUUUAAUCAUUUUUUUACGCAUCUUAUUUUUAGAGUUCUUACAAAGAUUACGUGUUCUUUAGCAGUCUGGAAUCAUCUUCUCCAUGUGAUUGUCUAUACGCAGUCUAAAUCAAGCUGCAAAUUCUAAUGCCAAAUAUCACAAGGAGUUAGACAUUUUAUUAUAUAUGUCUACUGUAAAAGAGUAAGAACAAAAACAUUUACAGGGUGAGAAAUAAAAAAAACACAGAUAAUUACUACUUUCCAUUUCAACCAAGCGCAGUUUUCAGCGUGAUAUGUCAUAUUCAUCUAGGAUCAACCAAGACUGCAAGUAAAACUUUUAAGCCAUUUUCUCACCCGAUAAACAAUCUCACAAUGUGGUUCCAUAUUUAGAAGUUUCACUUUUACGAUCAUAUUGAUCUACUGUUAUGCUACAUUUGUUUAUUUUUGACUUACAUGUUUUUUUUCAAUAUUUUUUUAAAGAAACAAGGAAUGAUGUUUAUUUUCCUAUAAGUAAUUAUAACACCAUCACAGUCUGUAUUAUUUGUGGGGUUAAAAAGCAAAUCUAUUUUUCAGUCUUUUGGGUAGCUGCUGGUUGGUUGGCUGUCACUGAAGAAAUGCAGGUUUGUAUAAAUGCUUAUAAGUGACUGUCUCCAUGACAAGAGGUACACUGGAAUAAAAUGACUACUUAUAGAAGACACUGCUAUUUUUGCAAGCAGAGUUAUUUUCUGAUCUACAAUAGUUGCAGUUGUCCGAAAAAGAAUAUUAUAUACUAUAAUAAGCAAGCAAUAGAGAUUCUGGCACAAAUCCUGUGUUUUCUAGCCAGGGCUGUAACUAGGGGUGUGAUCAGUGAUGUUUCCUAGGGUGUAGGCCUUGCAUUAAGGGCAGGGAUGGGGAACCUUCGGCCCUCCAGCUGUUGUUGAACUACACAUCCCAUCAUGCCCUGCAACAGUUUUAGCAUGGCCAAACAGCAAAACUGUAGCAAGGCAUACUGGUAUGUGUUGUUCAAUAACAGCUGGAGGGCUGAAAGUUCCUCAUCCCUGAUUUAGGGGCUUAAUUUAGUAAGUACUGUGAGUACUUCAUUUCCCCGAUGAUUGACAAGCAGAGGCAUUCGCAGGGAGGAAUGGGGACUGCCAGCUUCGGGGGAAACAGGGGCAUGUCGCCCCCAUUUUCCGGGAGUGGCGAGGCCAAGGACUGCGUUGCGAGAUGCAAUUAUCCUGGCCUCCCGAAGCCGCACUGCGAUGGUAAGGCUGAGAAAGCUUAAGCUUACUUAAGUCUGCCGUCACAGAUAAACAUUAUGACCGAUGAUUGCAAUGUUCAUCUGAGAUGCGAUCGCAUCGCAAAUGCAGUGAGGAGGUGGUAUGCACCUCCCCCUGUGAGCAGCUUUGCAUGGGAUCCAGUCUGAAGAUCGACAGUGUCUAGGUCGACAAUGUUUAGGUCGACCACUAUAGGUCAACAGUCACUAGGUCGACAGGGUUGGAAGGUUGACAGGGUUUCUAGGUCAACAUGUGCUAGAUCGACAGGUCAAAAUGUCGACAUGAGUUUUUCAAAAAAAAUAAUUUUUUGAACUUUUUCAUACAUAACGAUCCACGUGGACUACGAUUGGAAUGGUAAUCUGUGCCGAGCAAAGAGGUAGUGGAGUGAGGUGCCUUGCCCGAAGCAUGGCGAGCGAAGCGAGCCAUGUGAGGGGACAGGGUGCAUUAAUUGGGGUUCCCGGUCACUCUACAAAGAAAACGACACCCCCAAAAAAAACUCAUGUCGACCUUUUGACCUGACGACCUAGCACAUGUCAACCUAGAAACCCUGUCGACCUUCCAACCCUGUCAACCUAUUGACUGUCGACCUAUAGUGGUCGACCUAAACAUUGUCUACCUAGACACUGUCGAUCUAAUGAUCCACACCCGCUUUGCAUAUGCAAUCCUUAGCGAAUUAGGCUCUUAGCUUGCAAGAACCCUGGAGCGGUGCAUGGAACUCCUAAGGAUGAUGUGAAAAACUCUCUUCCUCUCAGUGCCAAUGUGACAUCAUGCCAACAUGCGUUAGGGGGUGGUAUAGAAACAGAGCCCAGCUCUGGCACUGUUUCUAACAUACCACCUUUAAAUACAUAAUACUAAUUUUUGAUAUGAAACAUGUAUUAAUUAUUGAUUUGGUAAUGCAGAAAACUGUCCAAUAUAAUGGACAAAUGCCAAGAUGCUACCCUAAAUAAAAAAUAAUAGCUAGACAAUUUACAAGUUACAUCUACAUGAAAGGCUAUUUCACAAAAUAUAUGUAGGAAUGGGAAUAUACAACUUCAGGUGUCUUUAAUAAAAACCUGCAUUGCUUACAUCAAGCUGUAUUUCUAUAAAAUAAAAUAAGGAUUUUUCUAGUCUAAGCUUAUUCCUGAACAUGCAAAAGCACAGUGCAAAUGCUGUUUUGUUAAAUAACAUAAUUUCUUUUGCACAAUAUAUCCAAUAGUGUAAGCGCUUAAAUAUGAGGGCCAAGGGGGCACUUUAUGUAAGGUUGCAGAUAUGGGUAGAGAUUGAAAAGCACAUACAUUUUAAACAAUUCAAACACAAAUGUAACACAUGUAAUAAAGACAUGUGAUAAAAAAGGUCACAAUGUUUCCUCACUCAUUAAGCUAAACCAGCAGUGUUUAAGAAGGAAUAUUUGAAGGUGUGGUCAUAAAGUGUUAGUAGCUAGGAUUUUGAAAUUAUCUUUUUACUGUAUUGUCAGGUGGAUCUGUACACCUGCAACACUAAGAGCAUUUCCAGUUUACAGGGGCAAUUUGAAAAGCACUUAGAUUACGUAUGACAACUCGGUGCAUGUAAAGUCAGUGCGGGUCGGCCUUCCAUGGAGUUCUGUAAAAGAGCCUUAUGUAGAUUUCCCAUAUUCCAAUAUAAUUUGAGACUUACUAAACUGCUUUACUGUGUUAAUGUUUUGCUUCUGGGGGUGAAAUUUUGGGAAACGGAAGCUGUUGCCGUCUUCUCACUGCCUCUAAUCAGUGACAGUCUGCAGCCGAUCUGCUACUGACAUUGCAACACCGGUACUGCACAUGUGCAAUACAGCUCCUGCUUAUGAGCAAAGUACCUGAAAUUGGUACUUUGCCACAUGUGAAGCUCUUGCGUCGGGACCUGAAUCAGGGCCACAGUUUUCAAAAAGGCUUCAUGAAAGUAAGAGAAAUCUGCAGCUGCUACUGACUUUGUAGCAAUGGAAGGAUACUUUAUUUGUAUUAUCUUUCAGAAUGCAUGUUAAAUAUAUCUUUUCCUUUUCCAAUGAGCCACUUUCUUACUAAGCAGGUAGUUUUUUAUAGAAAAUCUUGAUAUAGAAAUUAUUAAGUCACGGCCAAAGGUCUAUUUAAAGUGGCCUUACCAUGAAACAAAAUGGUAUAUCCUUAGUAAAACUAAUCUCAUUGCAGCUACUGUACAUAAUACAAGUUUAGCUCCACGGGAACACUAUCACGUAUAAGAAGCACUAGGUGGAGCUUGCCAUUGUAUUCUGUUUAAUUAGUAAAACCAAGAAUAAAACAAUCCUGUAGUCUAAUUUAAAUAGCCAAUUUUUCUAUAUUUAUAUUCGGCACAUUUGUUGUAUUUCACUGCACUCAGAACAUGUUAUCCGAAAACUGCCCAACUUCAUACAUGAAACAAAAUUAUUAGAGUUACCAUACUUGAAAUAUAAUACAAAAGCUAUUACAAAAAUAAUGCUGCAAAAAAUAUGCUGCUUUGCAAACAAAUGAGUUUUAUGUGUUCAUAUGGUCCCACAAUUAUUGCCCUUUAACUGCUAGGGUUGUCUGCAUAUCCUAUCUAACUGCUAGGGUUGUCUGCAUAUCCUAACUAACUGCUAGGUUUGUCUUCAUAUCCUAUCUAACUGCUAGGGUUGUCUGCAUAUCCUAACUAACUGCUAGGAUUGUCUGCAUAUCCUAACUAACUGCUAGGAUUGUCUGCAUAUCCUAUCUAACUGCUAGGGUUGUCUGCAUAUCCUAACUAACUGCUAGGGUUGUCUGCAUAUCCUAACUAACUGCUAGGAUUGUCUGCAUAUCCUAUCUAACUGCUAGGAUUGUCUGUAUAUCCUAACUAACUGCUAGGGUUGUCUGCAUAUUCUAACUGCUAGGAUUAUCUGCAUAUCCUAACUGCUAGGGUUGUCUGCAUAUCCUAACUAACUGCUAGGAUUGUCUGCAUAUCCUAACUGCUAGGGUUGUCUGCAUAUCCUAACUAACUGCUAGAGUUGUCUGCAUAUCCUAACUAACUGCUAGGAUUGUCUGCAUAUCCUAUCUAACUGCUAGGGUUGUCUGCAUAUCCUAACUAACUGCUAGGGUUGUCUGCAUAUCCUAACUAACUGCUAGGAUUGUCUGCAUAUCCUAUCUAACUGCUAGGGUUGUCUGCAUAUCCUAACUAACUGCUGGGGUUGUCUGCAUAUCCUAACUGCUAGGGUUGUCUGCAUAUCCUAACUAACUGCUAGGAUUGUCUGCAUAUGCUAAAGGGCCCCAUACACUAGUGCGAUAUUGCACGUUUUCGUGCAAUUGCGCCGAGUUCCUGAGAUGGAUACUCCCGUGUGUCACCCAUCGCAAUGGCAGAUCACACAUGCUGCACGUGAGAUUUAUCUCUAUUGCAUGGAAAUAGGUUUAAUGACAUUAGAUUGCCUGAGAUAAAUCACAUGUAAAAAUACACUCAAGUACGAAAUUGCAAUUGCAGGCUCCCCCGGAAAGCUCCCGGCCAGAUUGCAGGAAAAUUGCAUGGAAGUUAUUGCUGAGAUACAUCUCCCUAGUGUAUGGGGCCCUUAACUAACUGCUAGAAUUGUUUGCAUAUCCUAUCUACCUGCUGGGAUUGUCUGCAUAUCCUAACUAACUGCUAGGAUGUCUGCAUAUCCUAACUAACUGCUAGGAUGUCUGCAUAUCCUAACUAACUGCUAGGGUUUUCUGCAUAUGCUAACUACCUGCUGGGAUUGUCUGCAUAUCCUCACUAACUGCCAGGAUGUCUGCAUAUCCUAAAUAACUGCCAGGAUGUCUGCAUAUCCUAACUAACUGCUAGGAUGUCUGCAUAUCCUAACUAACUGCUAGGGUUUUCUGCAUAUGCUAACUACCUGCUGGGAUUGUCUGCAUAUCCUCACUAACUGCCAGGAUGUCUGCAUAUCCUAAAUAACUGCUAGGAUGUCUGCAUAUCCUAACUAACUAUUUAGGCAUCACGUAGGGUAUCUGUGGUCUAAUAUGUACUUUUCCUUGAUUUGUUUAUUCUCAAACAUCUCUUUGUGUUUUGUUAUAAUACACAAAUACUUUAGAAAAACCAAAACAGGUUAUGCAGCAAAUAUUAUGGACAAUGUUCACAUAAUGCGUAAUUAAGUAACAAAAUUCUACCACAAGUUUUGCCCCUUGUGCACUUGUCAGUCACAUAUUUGUUUACAGCUUAUAGGACACUAACAUGUUUCUGUUAAGAUCGUUGGAAAAUAUGGCACAAUUCAUAUGUGUUAUUACUGACUGCAAGAUGGAUAUUGUGAACAGCAAUGGAAAAUGUGUAAUUUGUAAUGCACUUUAAUGUGAAACCAUUAGGUUAAUAUUUAUAUGACCCCAUUUUGAUGUAUCAGGUACAUGUUAAAAAUACUGCUAAAACAUAAUGUGAAAAUGAUUUAUGUCUGUGAUUUGUAUUUGUUGGUAAUGGACUUGGAUUCUGUUUUCAUUUACAUAUGCUGUAUCAUGACUUAAGAGUGUUUUGCUACGAUCUGUUACAUAAUAUGACACCCAAUAAAUCUUUAAAAACAAA